AGGUUGCUUAGUUUAAAGCAAAGGCAGUAAAGAAGGGGGUCACCCCCAAAAAAAUUCCUUGGGUCCACCACCACCUGUGUAUUAUAUUUGGGGGUGUUGGAAAGGGAUUUGGACCGAGUUUGGGGUUUGAAACCAAAAGGUGUUGGUGGCAUUGGGGCAAGGUUGGGUUCAUUAGUAUUGCAGAGGUAAUAACAGGCAGCUGCACAUUGGGCAGCCCAGGGGGAGGUAGGACAAGGGGCCUAGGCUCCAUUUGAUGGAUCCUCGGAUUGCCUGGUUCCAGCCAGAGCAGCUUGGCCCCUCGAACAGCCUGUGGAUGCAGAUCUGGGAGACCACGCAAGGCCUGAGGAACCUGUACUUCAACCAGAACAGCCCUGCUUCUCCCGCACACAGCGGAUCAUCAUCCAAUAGCUCCUCAGGGUGCGAGGCCACCAUGUAUCGGGACAAUGGGCCAGCUCAGGCGUUUUCCAUCACCGCCACUCAGCCACUGGGUGAACAAGGAGACUUUCUACCCCUGGAGACCACCAAUAACAACAACAACCAACUGCUGAGCCACAGUCCUGGGGGUUGGAGGAAGGGUCAGGAUCAUAACCGAAACAAGAGGAAAAGAGACAACAAGGCCAGCACAUUUGGACUCAAUUACAGCCUGCUACAAGGUCCAGCUGGGAGUAAUGUUGCUGGUGGCUCAUAUAAUGGGAUCCCCUGGAAAUCUAGGAACUAUAGUGACGAGGUCAUAGGCCUCCAUGAAGAGAUAAUAGACUUUUACAAAUAUAUGUCCCCGCGACCGGAAGAGGAGAAUAUGAGGAUGGAGGUUGUCAGUAGAAUUGAAAAUGUCAUUAAGGAGUUAUGGCCAAAUGCAGAUGUGCAAAUAUUUGGAAGCUUCAAAACAGGACUUUAUCUUCCUACAAGCGAUAUCGACCUAGUGGUGUUUGGGAAAUGGGAGAAUUUACCACUUUGGACUCUAGAAGAAGCUCUUCGGAAGCAUAAAGUAGCUGAUGAGAAUUCCGUGAAAGUUCUUGACAAAGCCACAGUUCCGAUUAUUAAGCUGACAGAUUCCUUCACAGAAGUUAAAGUGGAUAUCAGUUUUAAUGUACAGAAUGGGGUAAAAGCAGCCCAGCUCAUCAGGGAUUUUAUCAAGAAAUAUCCGGUCCUUCCUUACCUGGUGCUGGUUUUAAAGCAGUUCUUGUUACAGAGAGAUCUUAACGAAGUGUUUACUGGGGGAAUAGGCUCUUACAGUCUGUUUUUAAUGGCUGUCAGUUUUCUGCAGCUGCACCCGCGAGAAGAUGCCUGUAGUCCAGAGGCCAACUAUGGUGUCCUGCUCAUCGAGUUUUUUGAGUUAUAUGGAAGGCACUUCAACUAUCUAAAAACUGGAAUACGCAUAAAAGAUGGUGGGUCUUACGUAGCAAAGGAUGAUGUUCAAAAAACCAUGCUUGACGGUUAUAGACCUUCAAUGCUGUACAUUGAAGACCCAUUGCAGCCUGGUAAUGAUGUUGGUCGGAGCUCCUACGGAGCCAUGCAGGUGAAACAGGCAUUUGACUAUGCUUAUGUUGUUUUAAGCCAUGCGGUUUCACCCAUUGCCAAGUUUUAUCCCAACAAUGAAUGUGAAAGCAUUUUGGGACGUAUUAUUCGAGUGACACAGGAGGUAGUCACUUACAGGGAAUGGAUAUCAAAACAAUGGGGGCAACAAAAACGAUCUGAACCUGCACAUAAUGGAAAUGAAGUAACCUUGAUAGUGGACGUGCACCACCUGGACAAGCGUAAUAAUAAUGUGUCUGACCAAAAUACUGCUUCAGGACAAGCCAAAAAUAAGACCUCGGAAACUGUUGGUAAACACUCCUCCAACUCAUCUUGUCCUGUGUCUUCAUCCUCUUCCACACUUUCCAGCUCGAGUGAUGUGAAAAAAGUCAUUAAACGUCUGUGCAUUCAGGACUCAGACGGAACUCCUUUCAAACCUACGAAGCAUCCCAGUGGCCGGCAAACCAGCGAUAGACUGGCUGUUCAGGAAACAUGUGCAAAAUCCACACAGCCCAGCGGCAAACUGCAGAUUAACCAGAGCAUCAGUUCUUCUAACAGCAGCAACAAAGCCCAGCAUGGCACAACAAGAUUGUUCCGUUCCACAAACUCCAGCAAAAGUUACCAGGGUCAGCAGAACACAAGUCAAGGCUCAUCUGUGCCAAGUCGGCAUCCGCAGAGUGGCAAAGCACAUAACCAGCAGUACCACAGCAAGAAGCGUAAGCACAAGCGGGAUACAGACUUGUGUAGAUAGCUGUUCUGGGGCUGAACUGAACUUAACCCCUCUCCCCGUUGUGCCGCAGAACAAUUAAUAAGCAACAACUAGGGCUCUGUUGAUCCCAGAAGCUUCAGUACUGUUCAGACUCUUUAUUUUAGGAUUUUUUUUUUCCAUUUCCCAGCUGACCACAAAAUGGAUCAUGAAGAUUUGCAACCACAGAAAAAAAUCUACAAAAGUCUACAGAAAAAAAAAUUAAAAAAAUAAAUAAAUUUAAAAAGUGUCUCUUGGAGGCAAAAAACACAUUUAGGAAACUAUGACAUUUGCACUUCAAUUUCAGCUUUUUCAAGCUGAUUUGUAGAACUUAAAAUCCAGUGUUCAUAGCUUGACAAUAAAAAAAAUAGAGAGAAAAAAAAAUAGGAAAGGUGGUGCAAUUUUGGCAAAAAUCACAUUCAUGGGAACUGAAAUCUGCAUGAUAUAUAUAUUUUUUCUUUUUUUAUCGGUUUCAAUAUUCUACUUUUAUUGUGCGUACAACGAUACGUUAAAAGUUGCACAUUUGCAAUGGUGCAUUUGCUUUUUACAUAUAAAAAAACAAAAAAAACAAAACUGAAAUCGGAUGUGUAAUGACUCUCAACCAGUCCGUGAAUGAAGCAGUGAGUUGCAGUCCCCCAGAAAAAGGAAACUGCUUGUACCCUAUUUGAGUGUUAUGAAUGAAACUUUUUUUUUUUCUUUUGGCUUCCCUCUCUACGUUUCAGGAUGUUUGGCCCCAUAUGUUCUCUACUGAAAUUUUGCUUUUCAGCACAAAUUACCACAUACCUUAUUAGAGAUUAAUGUAAUCCUUUCUUUGUGUUUACCUGCAGAAACAUUCAAUAGGUGUGCAACACAAAUGUCUAAUCUUAAUCUUGGUUUGAAAUUCCAGACCUUGUCCUGCUAUGAUAAAUUGUCUGAUAUUGUGUAAGAUCCAGAUAUUGUGUGAUUAUACAAAGCAGGAAAUGGGCGCAUUUACCAUUAGGCUUAAUUUUCUGAA